AUGGCUGCUGGCAUCGGGCCGAAGUACAUCUCCCCUCGUUCCGCAGACGUCAUUCUCUCCGACAUACGUCCCAUAAAAUUCAACAUCGAGGCCCUCGGCUGCCUCAAUGUCCUCCUCGACGAGAUACUCACAUCCAUCAUCGUCGCAGCACAUGCGCUCACCACAGAACGACUCAAGCUCGGGCUCCUCAAGGUCCUCCCCACCACGCUCGGCAAGGAGGCUCUGCUCGAGGCAGAGGUCGAGCUGAGAGCCUACUGGGAGCGCACGAACGCGUCGAGACCGGGCUCUGCGCAGACGGCUGCCGAGAAUGCGCCAGACCAGGACUUCAAUGCUCAGUGGGCCGUCGAGUUGAUGCGGCUCAAAUGCGAGGCCUACUCGACACUGAACGACUCGGACGAGGACCCGCAGACUGAGGCACGUCUGAAUGCUCGUUUGGGGAGCCCUUCACCGCGCAAAGCGGCCCUCGUAGCCCCCGCGGCACUGUAUCUGACAGCGGUGCUGGAGUCCAUCUGCGAGCACAUCCUCUCUAACGUCGGUCGCGUCGCGACCCGCGACAGCAGUACGACGACGGCAUCGUUGGAGGAUCUCUUCGUGGCCCUCUGCGAGGAUGAUUCCAUGUUCUCCCUAUUCAGAACAAUGAAGGUAUAUGACCAGAUCGAGACUUUGUCAAAGAUGUCAAAACCUCGCAGGAGUCUAAGCAAAUCCAACUCGAGACCCGGCCCACCUUCAGAGCACGCUCCCUCACCCAUCCCCGACGUCUCCUCCACCGCAUCCGGCAUCUCAAAUCGCUCCAGGGUCUCCUCCGACGCACCUCCACAACAAUCUGGCAGACCCUCCCUCGACAAAUCGCGAGCCAAAAAGUUGUUCAGGACGCACAGUCGGACCACGAGCGAUCGGGACCAAUCCCAGGCGGAUCCGUCAUCCCGGCCGUCAUUCGCCGACGCGCCGAGACAGAGUGGACAAACUGAUAGUUUCCAUAGCGGGAUGUCCGUGGAUGGAGAGGACGAAGAGUCUGUCGAGUUCGAUAACCGAAUGCGUGCGGGUGAUACGGUCAAAAUGUCCCUCACACCGGAUAGACUCAGGACCAUGGACCAAGAGAAGAACGGCCGCGCAGGCAAGCGACAACCCGCCCUGAAGAACUCGACAGAACGUUUCCCCGCGACCGACGGAUCCGGUCUCUCCCCAGUCGCAGCGACACCCAAGACGCCCAAUGGCGUCCGCAAGACGUCGUUCCGCGAGGUCGACUCUAUCUACGAAUAUGAAGAGUCCAAGAGCAAACCUCACGCUAACCACAGCCUCACCACCUCUCCCAGCUCGCGUUCCGGGCGAAACGCGUCCGACCAAACUUUCGUUCCAUCCCCGACUCCUAGUCGCAACCGUUCGCUGUCCACCUCUCAUGCCAGCGGCAAUAACAACAAUCGCAGCGGGAACACGAUUCUACGCAAAGCUUCCAUGCAGCACAAACCGGCUCCUAUGCCGCCCCCUCUUCAGAACAGGCAACCUCGAGUGCCGCCGAAGAACGACGAUUCUGUGUUUGGCGGAGGGAUGCCGAACCGUAAGCGGAGGAUCCAGCGCAAUAUCGACGAUAUGGACCUGGACGAUAUCAUGAACGGCUCGGAUGAGGACGAAGGCCAAGACGUCGUCAGACCUCCCUCUGCUCCGGUCUCGAUGGGGCGCCCGCCUGCUACGCCCCGGUCGACCGCAGGCGGAGUCAAAGUCUCCGCUUCGACGCGCGAACUCAUGGAUUUCCUCUCUGAAGGACCCCCGCCCGAAAUGAUGUCUCCUCCUCCGAUGUCCAUGCACGACGACCUCUCGACCUCUCAAAGCUCCAAACAGAGGGGCUCAGGUCGUUUGCAGCGCAUGAUGUCGAAGUUGAGCCUGGGUGGUGAUAAGGCGAAUCAGGACGGAGGCAGCAGUGUAGGCAGCAGCGGCCGUUCCAUCCGUCGUAUGCCUUCCACGAACACGAUCAGCGCACCCAACACGCCCUCCAUGCGCUCCCAACAUUCGUUCAACAACCUCGGCCCGCUCCCUAUGGCCGUCAAGCCUACCCCACCGCGCAUGAUGCCGCCCCCCGGAGCCAUAGCGACACCGAUCUCGCCACCCGCGUCUCCUUCGAGGGACUACGAUCCUCCCCAUCACGCACAGCACGGAGGGUUCGACAGUCUCAGGGCUCGGUCCCAGUCCGUCUCGCAUCAGCAUCGUAGACUCAGUCCGGCUAGUAUGCCUGGUCCGUACGGAUCGGAAUUGAAGACGAAGGCGAGCGAGGGCGAUUUGGUGAGUAUGGCCGAUGCGUUCAGGUCGAGGCCGCCACCGCCUAGGGCGGAUACGAGGGAUCUUAGGGAGCGGUCGACGCCUUCGCCUCGGUUGGCGCCGUCGCCUGGGGCGAAUGGACAGGUGCAGAGCAAUGGGCUUCCGAGGGUUAUAGCGAGGAAGGAGCCACCGAUGUAUGAGCCUUCGAUUACCAGUAAUAGCGGCAAGGCGGACGGUUCACCUACAACGACCACGGCAACCUCUACUAUUGCGCCGAAGUCGUCUGGCCACACACACUCGCAUUCGAGGCCGGGCUCGCGUUCACGACAGGGAGGGGGCGCGAGACCUGGUUCGGCCGGCUCGUCGGAGAAAGGGGUCAGGCUUGCACAGGCGUCGAGCGCGAAGAGGGCGGAGGCGGUGGCUGUGGUUGUUCCGAGUGCGCCUGCGAAUGGGUUGACGAGGGAGAUGGCGUUGGAUAUGAGGAGAUUGAUGGGGAAUGCGACGAACGCGGACGAGUGCAGGUUGUUGGUGGAUAUGUUUUUCGCCAGGGCGGGGAUCAAGGUUCCUGCUGCGACUACCCCUGCCUCUGCCACUGCGAACUCGACAGAACAGGCGACACCGGUGGGAACGCCUACGUCUGCGAGGUCUGCGUCUGCAGCGUCUCAUUCGCCUGUGGGGACGGAGACGUCUUCGCAUGGCGCCGCCUCUUCGACGACUAUGCAGAGUCCUCCUGCGCCGGUCAGUAAAGAUGUGCAGGCCGAUACCCAGCCCCAAGUUCCUAUCGAGUCGUCCCUCGUGGAGCUGUUCCUCGGCAGUGGCGAGAAAUACCCUUCGCCACCCAGCAGUGCUGAAGACGGUGAACGCACUAACGCUACCACUGUCAACGCCAAAGCCGCUGACACCGCCACCCCGACCGCCGCUGCCGAUACUCACGCUCUUUCUACUGAAGAAGUUGACGACGCACCUAGACCUAUGUCUCCUCCGGUCACUCCCUCGGAUGGACCAUAUACCCACGGGAGAGCCAGCGGAAGCGUCAGUUCUGGUUCUGUUUCUGGCUCUGGUGGAAAUACAGGGUUUCAAAGUCUCUUAGAGAGGGAGAAGGGAGCGGCGGCGAGGGCGUCGAUUAUGGUUACGCCGCUUGCUUAGAUUUCUUCUCCGGGGGGAAUGACUUGUUGUUCCAUUGUUGUUGUGUGUGGACGUUUACCCUGUUUGCGUGCCUAGUGUCCGCGCCUGUUUUACCCUCAGUUCUGUUCCUGUUUCUGUCUCUGGUUUUGCUCUCUCACAUCCUAGCUUCAUCUAUCUGACUGUCGCUCUUUUCUGCGUUUUUAUUUCGUCAUCUUAUCUCUGUUGAUCUAUCGACUUUUGCUUGAUCUCCGUCCUCUUGCUUAUAUUCUCCAGGCUUGAUGCUCCCAUUUGCCGUGGCCUUGCUUUAUUUCGUCCUUCUCUGGUACUGCCUUAUUUCCUCCGCCUUUCCCCGGUGCUGUAUCUCCUCUCUCCUUGCUCUCCAUUCGUCCCUUUUAUUCUUGGCCAAGGCUUCCUAUGGGUCAUUGCUAGCCGUUCGUUUCUCCCGUCUUCAUCCCUUUUCUUCAUGCCUGUUCGUGUGGCGCGUUCGUAUUUCUACGUAGGUAUCUACUUUUUUUUUGGACGGGUGGAUGAUAUACAUUUUUGGCCGGAUUUUCGGUGUCUGGUGGCAAAUUGCAUACGUUCGUUUCCUUUCUUUCUAUUUCUAUUCCCCAACAUAUGUUUAC